AUGAAGAAGCUGAGUGCGCGCGCGCCACACUCUGCCGGCUUACAGGUAAUCGUGCAAAAAGAUAUCACAAUGAAGUUCGUGGUGUGCCUGAUGUUCGUGGCGGCGGUGGCAGCGGCCCCACAGCGCGAAGGCGCGGCCUACAGCAAGGAGGCCAUCAAGCAGGCCCAGAGCACCUUCCUCAUCCCCAAGGAUGCAGUCAUUCAGAAGGUACAAGAAGGAGUAGAACUUGCAGCUUACGAAUCCAUCCCCGGCAACCAAAGGGUCAACCUGUUCGAGAUCCUCGGCGACCAGCUGCCGUCUGAGGUUAUUAACAACCUCCAGUCCCAAAUAGACCGUAUCGGCCAACAA